ACUUGAACAUCACACAUCUUCGUCAACCGCAUUCCGUGUUCUCGACGACUAAGUGUCAUCAGUUAAUUGAGACAACUCUGUGCCUCUUCGUACCUCUGCACCUCCAGUUGACGCCCCUUUAUCUCUAUCUUCGUUCCGUCCGGGUACAGUCUCCGCUACGCCCCGCCAUGGGAUUCCUUUCUAUUCUACCUGCGAACUUGGCUGUGGUCGAAACCUGGAUCACGCGCAUAUUUCUUUUCCUCGGCCUCGUAGCCAUCGGCCCAUGGGCAGCGCUGCUCGUCUACGACCUUAUCCUAUACUGCUGUCGCGCUGGCGCAUACGAGAUACCAGUCAUCGGCGGUCGCGCUCGCGGAAAGGCGAGACCACGCGCUCCUAGCCUCACAGAGCGCCCGAGUGGCCACCGUCGGAAGUUCAGUAUUGCCUCUCGAGGCAUCGAACGGCCGGUUCUGAUCACAGGGGGCACCGACCCUCAGGAUGCUCGGCACCGUCGUAUAACGGAGGAGAAGACGGCAGAUACUUCUUGAGAGUGUAUUUGGAGACAACCCUACAGUUGAAUCUCGUUCGGCGGAAUGCUGUCACGCUGUGACCAAGAGUUGGACCUCUGUGCAUGCUUCGGAUACAGGUGAUUCGACAUGGCUUUCGGUAUCUCAGAUGCCAGGACCCUGAUUGGGAAGUCUCUCUGCAGAGUGGUAGACUU